AUGGCAUCAACCCCGACGGGCGUGCCGGAUCCAGCCCGCACGGACGCAGGCUCCGUCGACCCGGCCGACUUUGACCACCCCGACGACGCGUCUGAGAAGGACCUGUCCGAAAUCGACCCGUCUGCGAUCAAGCCGCGGCCUUUGACGCCCGACCCCCGGGCCGUGGCUCCCGAAACCCCCGCCACUCCCCGGCGCGUGGGGCUCCGCGAAACGUCGUCUUGGCUCUGGGCUGUGGUCGCCGCCCGCGCAAAGGGCCUCGGACGCCGCCACGCGCGCCCGGACGUCGAGUCCCAGCUCGAGAUGCCCGCCAACGCCAAGCAGUCCGUCGCGGCGUUCCUCGUCCUCGCGUCGCUCGUCCUGUCCGUCGGGGCGGGCACGGCCGUCGGCCUGGCCAAGCGCGACGGCGGGCUGGGGCUGGUUGUCUCUACGGCCGUCCUGGUCGUCCUGCUUGUCCUGGUCAAGGCGGCCAAGGUUGACGCCUGA